GGGACUGUCCCUUUAUUUGAAUAUACAGUAGUUCAGCGGGGCUGGAGUCGGAUUGCGUCGGAUGUUUUUUCGCCUUGUGAGCUGAGCACGGCGGGACGUGGUGGCUGUAAUCGUCGGUAAUGCUCAAUCACCUCGUCCUAUAUUUAACAUAUGAAUGAUAUCUCUCAGCUGGAAAGGAAGGCGUUUUCUCCGCCGCAUGCACACCCCGACAUUAUGGACUUGCACAUUUUGGACCAUCGGCUCCGGGUCACCAGCAUAUCCAAAAACGGGCUGGUGAAUUUCACACACCCUCUGAUUAAACUCAUAUUUCUCCGGAACAGGACACGAUGUAAGUUUUUCAGUCUGACGGAGACACCAGAGAACUACACAGUCGUCCUGGACGAGGAGGGAUUUAAAGAGCUACAGCCAUCAGAGCAUCUCAAGGUAGAGGGUUCCAUAUGGCUUCCGCUCAACGUGGUCUCCAAUGGCAACGCCUCCAGCAGCUCGCAGGCUGUUGGCGUGACCAAGAUUGCCAAGUCGGUCAUCGCACCUCUGGCCCAGCAGCACGUCUCUGUUUUCAUGCUCUCCACUUAUCAGACCGACUUUAUUCUGGUGAGAGAGAAAGACCUGUCUAUAGUCAUCAGCACUCUGGAGGAGGAGUUCAAUAUCUACAAGGAGGUGGGAGGAGAGUCUGUCCCUGUGCAAUGUACGGAUGUUUCCAACGGCCUCCAGAAGAACGGCAAAGAAGCCCUCCAGCCUACAGUUCACCCGGUGCUCAUCCCCCAGAACCAGUUCUGUGUCAUGUCUCUGGACCCGGACACGCUGCCGUCCAUCGCCACCACGCUCAUUGAUGUCCUCUUUUAUUCCAACUGUCCUAAAGACGAUGCGCAGUCAUCUCCCAGCCAGGACUUGGACUGUAUCAAGUUCUUCUCCUUCUCCCUUAUUGAUGGCUACAUCUCCCUGGUCAUGGACACUGAGGCUCAGAGACAGUUUCCUGCUGAUCUUCUCUUUACCAGCUCCUCUGGGGAGCUGUGGAGAAUGGUUCGCAUAGGGGGACAACCACUGGGCUUUGAUGAGUGUGGUAUAGUCGCCCAGAUAUCUCAGCCUCUGGCUGACAGCGACAUCUCUGCCUAUUACAUAAGCACCUUCAGCUUUGACCAUGCUCUGGUCCCUGAGGAGGACAUAGUGAGUGUGACAGAUAUGCUGCAACAUCAGAGGAAAGAACCAGCUACGAGUUGAUUCCUGAAGUCCUGUCUGAGCUGGAUGAUCCUGGUUCAAUAUGCCGCCAUUCACUCCAACUCCAGUGGCCAGAGGUGGCAGGCAAGCAGGAAAGGAAGCUAACCCUGUGCCUAGACUAGCACUGCAUCGGCAGCAGUAUUAACUACUACGAACUUGCCAUGACCACCAGAAGCACUUCUCUAUGGUGUGCACACAGUUUGUGAGGCCUCCUGUCUUACCUAUCUAAGGCAGGAUGCACUGAGUCCCAGGGGGCCCACUAACUCACACAUGCACAGUCACUCCUAAACACAUACACAUCCAGACACACACAUUUAAAUUUACAAGCACAAAGUCAGACUUAUGAACAUGUAUGAUAGAUUCUCUUUCUCUUUCAUUUAAUAGGAUUUGAGAUCUCGAGGUUUAUGGUCUGAGGUUGAAUUGUUCGUGAUAUUAUUUUGCUGUAUACAGCAGACCACACUCACAUAUAUUUCACCGAGUGCUAUAAAUACACAACUUGGUCUUCCAGUAGCGUUUCUAUCAUAAUAUCACGUGUCUAAACAGCUGAGGUUUUUUGUUUUUUAUCAAAGGCCAUUGGUAAGAAUUGCAAUUUUCCGUUUGAAGCGUGAAUUUUGAAAUGCAAGGCAGUUGUGAACACCGAUGUUACAAUAAUUUUUAUGCAAAACAAAACUGAGAAUUUCUAUUUUCUGACAACAGGGCUUACUUGUUUUGGUUUGAGAAAUAUGUGCAGGUAGUACUAAAUAUUAAAACUACUCCAAAUGCUGUCAAACAGGACGGUAGGCUUGAUGAGCGUGUUUUUUAAGAGGUCAGCAUUUCUUAACCAUUGUAUUACCCAAGGUCAAUAACACUAUGUCUUAUUUUUUUGUUAUUUGCACAAUAAACUUUUAAUUUAGCUAAUAUCACUUAGAUGUUUUCUUUGGUACAACUACAUUUUGUACUAUUUGAAGUAAAAGUAUUCUGUAAACAUUUGUAAUUUUCGUGCUGCUUCAUUCAAUAAAAGUAUUGAAAAUAAUAUA